CAAAUAUCCCUUUCUUCUUAGUCCACCACGAUGUUGGUCCUCAAUAAUACUAAUGCUCAAUCUGUGACCUUCUUUCUGACGGGCAUCCCAGGGCUGAGAUCAGGCCAGGUCUGGAUCUCCAUUCCUUUUUGUCUCCUAUAUAUCAUUGCCCUCUCUGGAAACAGCAUGAUCUUGUUGGUGGUCCUCCGUGAGCACAGCCUUCAUGAGCCCAUGUAUUACUUCCUCGCCAUGCUUUCUACUACAGACCUGAGCUUGUCCCUGUGCACACUUUCCACAACCCUUGGUGUCCUCUGGUUUGAAGCCCGGGAGAUCAACUUAAAUGCCUGCAUUGCUCAGAUGUUCUUUCUGCAUGGCUUUACUUUCAUGGAGUCUGGGGUUCUGCUUGCCAUGGCCUUUGAUCGAUUUGUGGCCAUUUGUGACCCACUGAGAUAUACCACCAUUCUCACCAAUGCCAGGAUUGCCCUGAUUGGGAUGAUUGUUUUGAUAAAGAAUGUUGCUGUCAUGGUGCCAGUUGCACUAUUUGUCAAGAAGCUGUCUUUCUGCAAAUCUCUUGUUCUUUCACAUUCUUACUGCUACCAUGUUGAUGUCAUUCAGCUGUCAUGCACAGACAACAGAAUCAACAACAUCCUAGGUCUGUUUACAAUCUUCUUCACUGCAGGGUUUGAUUGCUGUUUUAUCUUACUCUCCUAUAUUCUGAUCAUCCGAUCUGUCCUCAGCAUUGCUUCCUCAGAGGAGCGACAGAAAGCCUUCAAUACCUGCAUAUCCCACAUCAGUGCUGUUGCUAUCUUCUACAUUCCUCUCAUCAGUUUGUCUCUUGUCCGCCGCUAUGGCCAUUCAGCACCUGCAUUUGUUCAUACCAUCAUGGCCAAUGUCUUCCUGCUCAUCCCUCCAGUUCUCAAUCCUAUAAUCUAUAGUGUGAAAACUAAGCAGAUUCGAAAGGCUAUUAUGAAGGUCUUAAUUCAGAGGAAAUGUCAAAUUUAA